AAAAUUCAGAAAAAGAGCGUCAACGCCACAACCACUGCCAAGGUUGAAAUGUAAUCAUCAUAAUUAUCGAUUCCUUCAUUUGUCUCAUGUCAAUCCUUCAACGUCGUUAUCACUUUUGCCAACAACGAAUUGGGCUGCGCACUUCAGAAAGAACGACAGUCCAUGUAGACUAUUGGAGCAAGAUCUUGACAGAAUUAAAUAAACCGACAUCAAAGAGAAAAUGCUAUUUUUGCUCCUUCUUCUCCCGAUGUCUGGCCUGGUGACCGAGGCUUUCUUUGGGUCUCACUGCCAAGAUAGACAAUUGAAACCGUGCACCAGGGGUUGCUCGUGGGGCCUGGAGCGUUAUUUCAACGGCGUAGCGAACCGCGUCCUGCCCGGCCACGGCUACCGCAAUCUGACGCUACCUUCGUUGGCCAUGUGUAGCAGGGAGUGUCUUAUCGAUGAUCGCUGCUUCUCUUUCCACUACUCGGAGGGGGAGAGGCGGUGUGAGUUGAACGGGGCUACAACGUCGCGAUACCCGAUGGCUCUGAUUGAGAGAGCUGGUACCGACUACUUCGGUCCGGAGGAGGUAGGAUAUUAUCAAUUAGUCUUGUGCUUCUUUGUAAGUUGGAUCCAAGGUAAAUCAUAUAGAGCUACGUUUUUCCUUCUUGAUAUCUUUUCAGUUCCAAUAAGCCUGACUGACUGUUGGUACCACACUCACGCAUCAGCCGCCUCCGAGUGUCGUAGGACCGGCCAACACCUCUGCCUUCAGUGGGAACUUUACUACGCCUCCAAGGAGGGCUACCCGACCACACCUCCCUCAUGGUACGCUGAUCCUGACAGCUUGGCCGUGCUGACCGAGACCGGAGUGACCUACCACGACCUGCCGCUGACCGCCCCGUCUCCCGGCUUGUGCUGCUCCCUCCCGAUGACCUACCGAGACCCAGUCAUUACUCCGCAGGGCUACGAGCUCGCCGACCGUGCUGGGCAGGCCAGUGGUUGUUCCGACCUGGCAGCUCAUCCCUGUACCCUGGCCGAGCUGAAGGAGGCUUAUGAUCGAGGUUACAUAAGGGGCUUCUGGCUGUACUUCGCGAUGCCCAACCGUGAUGCUUCAGUUGCUGGUUGCACUAUUCAUCAAGGCGACGAGUGUUACCAAGGUACCAUAGCCAACACACCAAGACCGACUGCGCGUGCGCGAGUGUACUGCUGCCCAAGCCGCGUUUAG